AUGGACAGAAACAUCCUUCUGGCCAAUGAAGCACCACCUAGAUUGCUCAGAGAUGCUCACGACAAGCUCAGAACGGGAUACAAUCAGUUCGGAAGACAUUUUCUUAACCUCGUGCGGCACGAGCUUCCCUUGCGCUUCUACAAACACGGAUUGAAAAUUCCCGGCAACCCGUACGACCUCAGCAUCGUCUCGUGCACAAAUCUGGAAUUGGAACGCCUGCGCAUCACUCAUUACUUCCUAAUGCCUGAUGUCCCUACUUCCGAGCAGGAGCAUUUCCUUGAUUUCCUGGACGAACUAAUCAUCUUUUGCGAGCGCGAUUUAGAGUAUUGCCAGAAACUCGGCAUGGUGGACAUUCCGGAAAAGGGAAACUGGACCUAUUGGUGGAAACGCGUCUACAAAAAGUCAAGAAUGCUCGAAGCAGACUACCCGGAAACGUUUCCUCGUGCUGUCAUGCAGUUCGUGCAACUUCACAGUCCACGCUUCUUCGAGGAAGAGUAUAUGAAAUUUAUGAAUGACAACACGGACUACAGCAAGGACACUCAUUUUUUGGUGGCUAUGUGGCGAGCCGUUUGCCAUUUGUUGAAAAAAUGUCAGCAUAUUGGAUACUUUCUUGCAGUGCUUGAGUACUGGAUGGAUACAGUCAAAAUUGAGUUCAAGCGUGCGCUUCCGCUCGGCAUUUCGGAUAUCAACCCGAAAUGGAGAGAGCUGACCCUGAAGCUGAAAGCCAACCACAUUUCGUCGUCGCAAAUUGGGCCCCUGAGCCGCAGACGGCGCCUGUCGCCUGAUAAUCGUCCCCAUGUGCCAACUUGCCAACCAGGUGCAGAGAGUUCUACAGUUGCAAAGAAGUGCGCUAAUAAAGGUCUGAAAAAGUACUACUGUUUAUUCCACAAACUUUUUUUUUUCAGAUUAA